AUGAACUUCUUAGAUCCAUACGAUGUCGCCAAUCCUACGACUGCGACUCCGCCGGAGCAGGCUCAACCACAGCCUAGUCUUGAGGAAGAGGUCAAUCAGGUCAUUGGCCAACUAGGAGGGUUUUGGGGUAUGAUCAGGAAACAGGGUCAAACAGCGUUACAGACAGCGCGAAAGGACUUUAGUGAGGUUGUAGUUCAGGCGCAGAAGGAGGUCGGUAAAUGGACUGCACCUGAGCCUUCCGCGGGAGAAACGGCAUCACUGUCCAAUGCUACCAACGCUUCGAGCAGUCGUGCCGUCGAAGAUGAAGCCGAGGGCUCAAGCCCAAGCUCGAUGCCGGAAGCUCCUUCUAACGAUUCGACGGACGCAGCGACAUCGCAGGCGGUGCCCUCGAGUAGCUCGCAGACCCUAUUCUCCCGCUUCCAAGCAGUCCUUCCUCCGAAUAUAGCCUCUACUCUCCAGAACAAUAUACCCGAGUCAAUAAGACACGCUUCAGAAAGCGUGGAUUUUGCGCAGUUGCGCGCGACGUUGUCCGAUGAAUUCCAGCGGGUGCAGGGUGUCACUCGUACGCAAGCGGAGGAUUAUGUUAGGAAGAGCGAAACCAUGCUACGGGAGGCUAUGAAAGAGGCCGGCGCGGUGCUCAAGGAUGCUGUCAAGAUCAUACCACCGGAGGAAGGGAAUGUCAGCUCGAGUUCGUCGACCGGGUUCAUAUGGGACGGCUCGGACAUGUGGAUGCUACCCUCCGAGGCCUCCGACUCAAGCAUCAGCUCGAGGGGUAAAUCUAGUGAAGUCGGAACACCUUCGUCUGGAUCCUUGGGAGACCUCCAGCGAGUGGCCACACGAGCCGAUUCAUUGCUGAAGCGUCUGAGACAUGAUGCUGAAAUUAUCAAGCACGAACCCAACCUUUCGCAAUUCAAUACCUGGUUGGAGAAAGAGGUCGAUACGAAAGAAGGCGGUAUUGGCAGUGAUCAUUGGAAAGCACGCAUGGCGGAAGAAUGGGGUGACCCAGCAGAUGGUGCUGCGCUGCAGGCUACUCACGAUGAACUAGUCCCUUCUGUGCUCGACGACGCUACCUUCUGGAAGCGGUACUUCUUCCGAGUCUACCAGAUUCGCCACGAGGAAGAGAAGCGGAAGGUUCUCAUCCAGUCCGUAGAGCAAGAAGAAGAUUUCAGUUGGGAAGAUGACGACGAUGAAACCCCUUCUACUUCAGAUCGCAAGCCCGUUCCUGCAUCCACUGAGGAGCCCACAACGGCCGUGGAUUUGCCUAUCGCGUCAAGCAGUAAAGGGCACGCCAAAGACUCUAGCAGGGAUACGAAUACAUCAUCCCCUCAGCUACUCACUCCAGCCGGAACUAGUCCACGAGCGAGCGAAGACGGCAGCUACGACGUUGUGCCCUCGAGUCAUGCCAGCAAUGCCAGCGUAAAGGACAAGGAUGAAUCCGACGGCGACAGCGACUGGGAGUAG